UGUCCCUGGAAACAGACAUCACAUUAGAUGUGUUCUCCUCUGUACCCAAGAGAGCUCACUGCCAGCUAUUUCCAUCAAAUUAAUUAAAUUGCCUUCAUUUCUUUUAACUUUUGCCAGUAAAGCAUGGGGUAUGCCUUCAAGCAGGGGCGAUUUUGUUUCUUAUACUUCUAAAAUCUGUUUUGAAUAACCAUGUAUGUUUUCAUUAAACAUACCAAAGUCAAAUCCUUUAAAUGGUCUAUUAAGAUGUUGGUCUCAGUGAUGAUUUGCAUAAUUAACUACAGGUAAAAUAGAAUGGCUUUAUUGUCUAUGUCACAUUGGGCUUGGUCCCCUUCCUCUUUUUUUGUGAAAUACAGUAUGCAGGAAUAUCAAAUCUAGUUUUUUCAUACCAUUCACUGUAUCUCUACCUUUUUUAUGUAUAACACAUAAUUCCUCAUCAUGCAGAAUUAAGCUAUUAUAUUCCAAUCUUCGAUGGCAUCAUAGUUUGUUAAUUUCUGUUCUAGAAUGACUAUACUUUGCGGAGAUGGUUUCACUGAGCCAUUCACAACAAUAUACGAGUCUUUUUCUUGAAUAGCUAAAGAAAAUUUGCUGCCAUGGGAUACGUAAUAUUCCUCUUGAUACCUCAUUCUGUAUUGCUCAUUCACCAGGUUCACCAUGGCUAACUGAAAUUCUUCAGCCUAUUCUUACAAUAAUGAGGGGUGCAUGAUUUCACAUUACAUAAAACCACUGGAGCCACACGGUCAACUUCUUUUACUGUCUCUCCAAUGAACAUGCUAACAACUGUGCUGGAACCUGGCAGCACACCUACUAUUGUUUUUGUUUUAUUUUCUCUAUUCUUUUCCUCUCUCGCAGCCUGUUUUUAAUCAAUGGCAGCCAUAUGCCUUCCAGGUUGCGAUUACUUGGCUUCACGCGUAGUCUCCUGUGUGUGACAUUAUGCAAGUCUUUCUUCCAAGUCCAAAUACAUUUUAAUCGACCAGCUCUUCCCUACCCACCAUGCCGAUGCCCUGAGAGACUCCGAGAGCAGAUUGUGGAAAUACUACGGGCCGCACUGGGCAUUUCCAGUUCUGGAACUCAGCAACAAUUGGGGCGGACGUCCUGCAGCACAGCCUGGGUUUACGAUGACACUUCUCAAGCGUUUCAUUGUUACUGGAAAGCAGUAAUUAAUUCACUCUCCAAGAUUCAAUUUUGGAGUUUUAGAAAGCAGGCAUUCUUUACUACAGCGCCAGACACACAGAGGAUGGCUCCUCCUAAUGUGUGUGUGUGAAAACAAAAUUAACAAGCAUUUAUACCACCUUAAUCAUACAUAUUCAUUGCAUUUUUAUAAGAUCUUUAUCAUAUUCCUAACUCUUCCAGGAACUCAUUAGCAUGUGUUAAUGUCUCUUGCACAAGACUGGUGGAGUCUUUAGGUGGUUGUCGAGGGUCUUUCGAUGAAGGCUCGUAGUCUUCACUGCGUUUACCAGUUGACCCUUACUUCUGCGCAAACUCAAUCCUGUGGUCACGUACAUUUUGUCCUCCAAGGCUGGCCUGGUCCGGUUUUGUUGCUAAUUUGCAGCUUCCUUAUGUUUCUUUGCACCUGCUAUUACGAGGCCGAACCGUCUCAAGUAAGAUUAUUUAUGAGUUCCUCAUCCUACAGGUAUUCUAACUACUCCUCAAAAGAUCCGUAUUCAUUCAGCAGCACAACAGUUGAAACAACUUAAACUGAUCUUCAUCAUCCCAUUCCACAAAUACCUACUUUCUAAUAAUCUUAGCUCACGGGUAUCAUCAUCACGAUGGCCGUAGCGUCAAGCCCUUUUGGGAAACAGCGACUCAGCCCCAACCCUCCGCCCCCUUUCCCUCGGCCGAACCUCUGCCGAGCGCCGGCCCGGCCACCGCGGCCUCCCACGGGCCCUCGCCCGCGGCCGUGGCGCGCCCGCCUGCGACGCUGCUACCUCAUUCCGUGCAAACGCUACCGCCGGGCGAGUCAGCGCCCCGCGUGAACCUUAAACGCUUUAACAGUCAUCUCCGAGGGCGGGCCGGGAUCACUGGUUCGGAGGCGGAAAAGCCGGAGGAAGCGGCGCCGGGCGUUGCACGGGGGCAGACGUCAUCGGCGCCUCCAGCCACGUAACGCCCAAACGCUCCUGCACGUGCCGGCAGCCCGAGGCGCGUAACUCAUCCUGUCACCAGCUAAGCCGCGCCGUGGCCCGGCCCCAAACUUUAAGGGAGCGCAUCCCGUUCCCCCCCCCACACACACACACCGGGUGCGUCCCCUCCGCUGCCAGGCCCGCAGCGGCCGGACCCCGCGGGGACGCGGUGGCCUCUCGGGCGGCCCUUCCCCGCCCCCCCCCCCACCAAACCGCCCUGCCCGGGGGGGGAGCGGCGGGCGGUGGGAGGAGCGGCCCUGCCCCAGAGCCCUGUCAGCGCGGGAGGGAGGGGCCGGGGCGGGCGCCGGCGGGGUGCGCGGCCGGGGCCCGGGCCCCCGGAGCGAGCGGCCGGCCGGGAUGAGGUGCGGGAAGAUGGCGGCAGCGCCGCCGCCGCCAGCCGGAGCGGCGGGCGCUUGGGGCGGCGUGCGGCGGCGCUGCCAGCGGCUGCUCUACUGGGUGCCGGUGCUCUUCAUCUCCAGCAUCCUCUGCUGGUCCUACUACGCCUAUGUCACCCAGCUCUGCCUCCUGACAAUGACAAAUAUUGGAGAAAAAGUUGUGUGCCUGGUUGCUUACCACAUAUUUUUCAUGCUGUUCGUCUGGUCAUAUUGGAAAACAAUCUUUACGCUACCAAUGAAUCCUUCAAAAGAAUUUCAUCUAUCAUAUUCAGACAAGGAAUCCCUAGAGAGGGAGCCUAGAGGUGAAUCCCAGCAAGAAGUCUUAAGACGGGCAGCCAAGGAUCUUCCUAUCUAUACACGGACAAUGUCUGGAGCAAUCAGAUACUGUGACAGAUGCCAUCUUGUAAAACCAGAUCGUUGCCAUCACUGUUCUGUAUGCGACAAAUGCAUUUUGAAAAUGGAUCAUCAUUGCCCUUGGGUGAACAACUGUGUAGGAUUCUCCAAUUACAAAUUUUUUCUUCUCUUCUUGGCUUACUCGCUACUGUAUUGCCUUUUCAUUGCUGCAACGGAUUUACAGUAUUUUAUCAAGUUUUGGACAAAUGGCCUUCCUGAUACUCAGGCCAAGUUCCACAUCAUGUUUUUAUUCUUUGCUGCAGCAAUGUUUUCUGUCAGUCUGUCUUCUCUCUUUGGGUAUCACUGUUGGCUUGUCAGCAAGAAUAAGUCUACAUUAGAGGUAUUCAGAGCUCCCAUAUUUCGUCAUAGAACAGACAAGAAUGGCUUUAGCUUGGGCUUCAGCAAAAACCUGAGGCAGGUAUUUGGUGAUGAGAAGAAAUACUGGUUGCUGCCUGUGUUUUCAAGUCUAGGGGAUGGUUGCUCCUUCCCAACUUGCCUUGUUAAUCAGGAUCCUGAGCAAGCUUCCACACCUGGUGGUCUUAAUUCAACAUCCAAAAAUGAGAGCCACCUGUUUCCUGCAAAGCCAUUGCGCGAUUCCCAGAGCCACCUUCUUACGGAUACACCGUCUUGGUCAGAAACUGGUGCAAAGGCUGAAAAGGGCAAAGUUGGUAUGAGCAAUCCUGCAUUAACCAUGGAAAAUGAAACCUAAUUUCCCUUAAAAGAAACAUCUGAAUAUGUAAGGAAAGUUCAAGAGAAAGCUGUCUUUGGAAGGAAUAUGCAUUCUUCCAAGUAUCAGCCUUGUUGGCCAGCUGCUCCUGUCUGCUCCUGUGUGGAUGUGCUCAGAAAACAAACUGGCAGAUGAUUAGCUGUCUCCAUGUCACUGCUUGAAACAUGAAACUAAACAUACUACUUCUGAACCAUAUAGAGAAUGUUUCAAAAUUACUGGUUUUGAAUGGUGAAGGAAGAUUCUGAGUCUUAGGAAAUGAAAAAAAAAAAAAAAAAAAGAAAAAAGAGGAGUCUGAGUUUACAAUUGUAAAAAUUCAAUGCCUGGUUUUACUUUAAUAUUCAGCACAAGAAAAAUGUGGCCUCCUUACGUACCAGUCCAUGUUCUUGCCUUGGUUUUGAAAAUUCAGCUCUUAAUUCAAAUUGCUGCAAGUAGUUGACUUUAAAAUCAAAUUUUCACACUACUGGCUUUACAAAUGGGAGAACAGCCAGUGUUGAUUACAAAUAAUUUAGUGGCUCGGUGGACUGUAUUUUCUUUUGAGUGCUUGAUAAGCAAUUUUUGAAAAGAAGGAGAUCCAAGUGAAGUGUCUGCCUAUUUUUGGAAAACAUUAUUGCAAAAGCUCUGUUUUCCCUCAGAUCUGUGCUACCAGUAGUUUGAAAAGUUGUGGAGGGGAAAAGAACUCCUUUGUUAAUUGAAUGCUACAGUGGGUCACUGGUGAGUGGAGCGAUAAAAACCUGCGUUCAGAUGGGUGAUACAUAAAUGAAGCUGGCCAGCUGGGGAUUUUGCUGGGAGCUGCAGUGGACAGUCCUAUGAAACGGGGAUUUUAUUGUCCCAUUUGGAGCCGUUAACCCCUUCAGGAAACAAAUGUUGGCACAUAACUUUGAUCCAAAAUGCUUUUUACCAACCUGUGUUCCCAAGGGCCACUGUCUUUCAAAAUCCUAGGUUCUUAUUAAUCAAUGGGUGUCUCAGAUUUCUUUUUUCACUUGUUCUUUAAGACACUGCCUUUCUUACUGCAUUACCUAACAAAUAUCAUGUACAAUCAACAAGACUUACUGUUAUAACUUGUGAUAUUUGCAUUUACAGGACAACAGAUGUUUGAUUGCAAUACCAAAAAGCCAAGCUGCUGCACGUAGGAAACCCCCUUCAGUUAAGUUAGGAGCUAGCAGCUUUCUGAGGAUCAGAGUUUACCAGACAGAUAAUAAAAGAUGCAUUAUCAGCUUUCAAAGUCAAGGAAGUUUCACCAACACAAACCUAAUUGUCUUGUGCCUUUUGUAUACACUACAUUUCUGGUAUCAGUGUUUACAUUUAAAUGCAAAUUGUUAUUCUGAAAACAACUUUAGGAGGAACUUACUUAGUUUAGAUAAAAAGACUAGUCCAAAAAAAAAAAAAAAUUAAAACCUCUCAGACUAAGUUAGUUCAGUUAUCAAACCUGAGUCACUUAGCAGGUUGGUUCACAGUGUAAAGAUGCCAGUUGCUUGUUUAGAAAACUGGCAGCAGAACUAAGUGACAGAUUUCUGAAAGCAAAAAUCUUAUCAUUAACUCUUCUACAGGCAGGUAACUUUGAAAUUUGUCUUUCCUGGGUUUACAACUUAAAAGUGAUAGCUGUUGGAGCACUUUUUUCUAGUGAGGGAAAAUGUAUUUCUUUUACUACUUUUUUUUUUUAUCUCAAAAUUUUACCAGCCUGAAAACAUCUGUUUCUUGCCAGAAGUGCCAGAGUGUGGAUCCCUUGAUGUAGAACACCUUUUUUAAACUAGCAUGAAGGUAGCAUACGGUUUACAUGAUGCCUGCAGACAUCUAGCAACCAAAAGUUUUUUGCAGCUGUUUAUUCAGUGUUGUUAUGUCAGCUUACCUCCUAGUAGUGUUUGUUUAAAUGCUGACUUGUCGAGGGAGAAGGGGGAGAGGGAAAAUAUAUUUUUUAACAUUUCAGGUUCUCUAUCUGUAUAGUCUUGUUUUUUACGCAGUUAGUCACAGGGUGGUGUGUCACGGAGCAUGCAUUUGAAAGCAGUGAAAAAUUGAAAUUCAGCUUUGGUGUAAAUUGCUCCAUAUUUUUACAUAAAGUACAGAUUUCUUCCCCAGCAAAACUCAUAACGGAAAUGGAUCUCUCGAAUACAAAUGUCAGCCUCCCUGAUCGUGUCCAGGGCUCUGAGAGCUCUUAGUAAGGCUGGGGAGUGAGGUAGAGAAAGGACAGGGAUAAGGGAUCAAGAAACGCCUGGCUUCUCCAUGUCUCAGAAGUAACACUUAGAAAGCACAAUAGCACUAAAUAAUCUGCAGAUUUAAGGGAGCCAGAGGCUGUCCCUCUAGCAGAAAACUGGUGGAGGUGUGGGAAACAUAUGCUGAGGAAGGGAGAAGGGGAAAGAGAAGUGCCAGUAGCUCCGAGGUAAACAUUCAGUAGAUCUGAGCCGGAGAGCUGGAGCUACACCUGCUCCCAGGGUGGGUAGGAGCUGUGCCGCCGGGCACGGCCCGGGCAGCGGGCUUGUCAGCGUUCCUGGCAGCUCUCACUGCACAGAGCGUGGACAAAAGUGAGCUAAUCUUGCUCCAAAGUCUACUUUCUGAUAGGACUGUAUUAUUGGCUUUAAGCUUUCUAAUACUUUAUAUAGCAAAGUGAAAAUUGUCUUUUUAACAUUGUCAUUGAGCAUUGAUGCUGUUACAAUGCACGUGGGAGAAUUUGUGAAGAGGUGAGGGGAGCAAUGAUGUAUUGUUGUUUGUCUGCUUACACUGAUUCUCCUGUUUAUAUUCUUGCUAGGCACUUUACUACAGCCUUUUGUGUAAUUUCAGUAUUUUUUUUAAAGACUGCUUUUUACCUACUGUACAGUUACUAAUCUACUUUUUUGCUAAAAAGAAAAUGGUAGCCCUGAUAUUUGUCUGGCAGUAUGACUGCGUUUCAAGCUUCAGCAGAAGUCAGACAAGUUCUACAGACUCCUCAAACGGGCCUGAGUCCCUAAUGACAAGAGAGUUAAAAUUUGUUUUGUAUAUAUGUAGACAGUCAUAUGAAUCAUAGCCCCCAACACAGCUAAGAAGCUUCCUUAACUUGUAGGUUAGAACAAAUCCAAUACAUGUCUGCACCAGAAGUGGGCCACGUAUUCCAUGUCAGUUGAUUACUGGUGAUGGAGUGUUCAAAGUCUUCGCAGAGAACUGUAUUAAUUAAAAAAAUGAAACAACUAGAAGUUGGUGAGCUCCUCCCACUGAGCAAUUAGACACAGCUGCUGCUAUGCACUUUAAUUCUUUAACUUGAAAGAAAAAACAUUGUAAAAUUUAACUUCCAGAUUGACAUUUCUUUAGUAGCCUACAACUACCGGCAGGUAAUUAAUGACACUGCUAAUUAUUUGUAACUGUUUGUGUACCUCAAAUCAGUGUCUUCAAGACUUCAGAAAGGUUGGAGGAAGCAAGUUUGUUUAGUGCAUGGUAGGCUGUAGCUGUUGUUAAUAAUUAUUUGGACUGAGAGUUCUUGCCCUGAUUAAGUUGACUGGUGUGCUGGAGUGAGGGGGAACGUAUUUCUACAUAAAUUUAUUGUAUAACUUUGCCACUUGUUAAUGUAUUGCUCACAUAAAUAAAUGCUUCAUGUCCAGCAA